AUGAGUAGCAUUACCAAAGUUGCAAUCGCAGGGGCUACCGGCAACGUAGGCCCAACGGUAUUAAAACAGCUCCUCGCAGAUGGUUUUGAAGUCACCGUACUUGCCCGCAAAGGAACCAAGAAAAACUUCCCGUCUUCAGUAGCUGUUGCUGAAAUCGAUUAUGAGUCUCCCGAAUCACUUGAGAAGGCGCUCCGUGGUCAAGAUGCGGUUGUGUCAACCGUUGGCUUCGAGGGAUUGCCAUACCAAAUUCCUCUAAUCAAAGCCGCGGUUAAAGUUGGCGUCAAGCGCUUUAUCCCCUCGGAAUAUGGUGGAGAUGCGGAGAAUGAGAAGGCUCUUAGCUUACCUCCAUUCCAAGCAAAGAAGGCCGUCACCGAAGUCCUGAAGAAAGAGGCAGCGGCUGGUUCUCUAACAUACACGCUGAUAUCCACCGGGCCUUUCUUGGAUACGGGGCUCCAGUAUGGCUUUCUCGUCGACCCUAAGGGCAAGAAAAUUACACUUUGGAACGGCGGUGACAAGGCUUUCAGCAUCACCACUAUCGCAUCGACCGCCAGGGCCGUGUCGGAGGUACUUAAGCACCUUGAGGAGACCAAGAACCGCAAUGUAUAUGUGCAUAAUGCACAAAUUUCCUUGAAGAAGCUCCUUGAGCAAGCCAAGAAAGUGGUUGGAUCAGACGGGUGGACGUCAGAGGUCAAGUCCAUCGAGGAGCACCUCAAGCAAGCCUACGCAGAGCUCGAGAAGGGUAAUAACGAGUAUUGUCGCAUUUAUAGCUGCGGCGAUAUGGGGAGAAGGAUAUGGUAG